GCCGAUCAUAUGUUCGUAAAAUUAUUAAAACUCGGGUUUUUAGUUCUUGGUUUUUUUGGCCUUAAAAUUAUUAAAAAUUUAAAAAAUGUCACAGAAAAAGAAACCGCUGGUUAUAUCUGAAUUAUCACAAUAUUAUUUUUAUAAUUGUGAUAAAUUUGUACGACUUAUAUCAGACAAAGAUAACGGUAAUGAAAUACAGAAUAAUAAUAACGGAGGAACAAAAAAAAAUCACAAAACUAUAAAUGAAGCAAUGAAAAAUCGUGGAAUCGAUUUUGAAUUAAAAGUUAAAAAUAAAUUAAAGAACGUGAUUGAUUGUGAGAAAAAUGUUGAUUAUACAAUGAAUUGUUUAAAAAAUGCUAAGAAUGGUCAAAUAUUCUAUCAAAUGAAGUUUAACGUACCAGAUAAAUUUUAUGAUGAAAUGCAAAUAGAUAAUAUUAAAUUAGGAGCUUUUGUACCAGAUUUUAUUGAAGUUAAAGAGAGAAAUAGUAAAAAGGAAAUAAUGAUUUAUGAUGCUAAGGCUUCAAAAAGUACACAUAUUUCUCAUCAGUUUCAAGUAGCUUCGUAUGCGUUUCUUCUCGAAUUUAUUGUUAAAAAAAUUAAUGGACUUUUCAUUUCAAAUACGGGAGGAAUUUAUCUACCAUCAUCGAAAUCGAAAACUACUUUUCAAUUAGAAAAUUUUCGUUUGGAUUUUUUUCUUCCAGAAGUAAAUGAAUUUUUUAGAAAAAAAUUACCAAAAAUUAUAAACGCUGAAUCACCACCUUGGCAUUAUAAUUCAAGGUGUAGAACUUGUGAUUUUGUAAAUGUUUGUAGAAAAGAUGCUAAAGGUACUAUCUCAAUGAUUCCUUAUUUAUCACUUGCGGAAGCUGAGAAUUUGAAAACUUUCAUAAGUGAUGGAAAAUCAGAUGAUGAUAUUGAAGAUAUAGCUAAAGUGAUAAAGAAAUUGGAAAUUGGAAGUGAGAAUUUCAGUUCCAGUGAAAAAGAUAUAAAUAGAAGAAUUAAACAUAUUGUGAAAUAUGAUAAAAGAUUAGAAAAAAGGUCACCAUAUCUUAAGGCUAAAGAAACUAACCAAGCACAGUUUAUUGAAACUCCAACAGCAAAUUUUCCCCAGAAGACAGUUCAUAAUUUGAUAAUUUCAAUGUCUUUGGAUCAUUAUUUAUCACGUCCUUUUGCAUGGGGAAUAUGCCUCUAUCAUAAUAGUGGGCAUGAAAUAGAGAAUCAUAAAUACUCUGAAUCAAUUUCAAAGAAUGAUGUUUCAUUAAAAUCAUUUAUCCAUCUGAUAAGUUGCUUUGUGAUUGUAUUGGAAGACAUUUUUAAAUAUCUACAAAAAUAUGAAUCAAAAGCUUGUGCCUUUGUCUAUUCUGAUCAAGAAAAAAAAGUUAUUCAAAAUGUUUUGUUGGAAAUCAUUUCUAUGGAUGAGAGUAAUGUCUCAAGAAAUAUUCAACAAAGUGCUACAAAGUGUUUAUUUAAUUUAUUUGAAGAUUCAUUGUUAUUAGCAUCCCAAAAUAACACCACAGAGUCUUUUAAGUUUCCAAAUAUAUCAAAAGAAUGGAGAGAUUUUCCAAGAUUGAUUGUUUUAGAACGUGCAAUAAGCGAAAAUAUUGCGUUCCAUGUACCUGGAUUUUAUCGAUUUAUUGAUAUACGGGACCAACUAGUGAAGCCAACAUUAAAAGAUAGUAAAUAUAACUUUAUAAUUAUUAAGAAAAAUGAUGAUUUUAAAGAUAUUGAGUAUGCUGAGUUAGAAAAUAUUUUUAAGUUAUGGGCUCCCGGAUAUUUAAAUUCAUUAAAAAUUAUUAAUGACCUUCAUUUAUUAAGAAACGAUUUUGCCAAUGCUAUAAUAAGAGCUUACUAUGAACUUCUUAAAAAAUCAACAAAUGAUAUUUCUUCUAUAUUAAUAUUUAUUCCACCAAAAUUUACUUUAACUGAAGUUGAAAAUUUUAAAAAUAAUUAUUUGGGUAAAUUAUAUUUUUUUAAACAAUAUGAAGCUAUAAAAAAAUGUAACCGACAUAGAUCUGAUAGGAUAAAAGAUUUUAUGUAUGGCGAAGCUGUAUACGGAAGCGAACUUCAAUUUGAAGAACUUAAUAGUGAUUCAAAAAUUGCACGAUUCACUCUUUUAAGUACUAAUAAAAAAGAGUUGGAAUGCAGCUUUUACCAUAGUUUUAUUCUCGUUGAAGAUAAUCCUGAAGGUGUCUUAAAAGCAAUUCGAUUUUCGGAUAUGGAGUAUCGAACAAAUCAUAGUAAAUCCUCCUUAUUGCUUGUGGAUAUUUAUAAAGUUGAUUAUAGUGAUCCGGAAAAAAAAGCGCCAUUAUUCUAUUUGAAAAGAACCAAAGGAUUCUCCUCAACAAAUUUUAGUAAAGAGAUAAAAUAUCGUCUUUACAAACGAUAUUAUGAUCAUAAUCUAGAUAGAGUUUUAAAAACGCUUACUAAAAUGGACAAAAGGGACGAUCAUGAAUCAGUAUUUAUGAAUCUUUUAAAAAAUCCAAAUGAAUGGGCACAGAAAUUAACUGGGGAAGUAGAACAAUUUAAAAAGAUCAAAUUACAAAUGUCUCCGUCACAAGAAGAAAUUUCAAAAAAAAUAUUGAAAAGAAGACUUCAAAUUGUUUGGGGACCACCUGGUUCUGGUAAAACACAUUUCCUUUCGCUAUUUACCACAUGGUAUUUAAGUGAAUAUAAGUGUAAGUUGACAAAGAAUUAUAUAGUCGGUCUAACAGCUUUUACUAGGGCUGCUAUUGAAAAUUUAUUGGAUAGAAUUUCAACUGUACAAAAACAACACCAUAAGACGAGUAAUUUUGAUAUCAUUUAUUUAACCGACAAUUUAAAAAAGAAUCACCUUAAUGGAAUAGAAAAGUGUAAAGCACGGGACUUAAAGAGUAAAAUCGAAAUUAAUGGUAAACCGAUCGUGAACGGUAAACCAAUUGUGAUUGGGGGUACAGUUUGGGAUUGGUUUAAAGUAAGAGAAACAUGGAAUUUUGAUUGGGUCGGAUGUGAUAUAAUGAUAAUUGACGAAGGUUCUCAGUUAUUGGUAUCAGAUGCUAGCAUUGCAAUUGAAUGUUUGAAUCCAAAAUCAGGAAAGUUAAUUGUUGCUGGAGAUCAUAUGCAAAUGGGACCAAUUCUUCGAGCCACUUAUCCUACAUUUCCACUCGAUCAUCCUCUCAUAUUUGGGUCAAUCUUGCAAUGUUUAAUGCGUAAAGAGAAUGGUAAUGUUAUUCAUGAGAAAGAUUUUAUCUUAAAAAAAGGGCAAAAACAUAAUUUUGGACCUCUUACGGCACAACUUAAAGAAAAUUGGAGAAUGAAUCAAGAAUUGAAUGGGUUUUUUCAAAAGAUGUACGGUGAUGAUUAUAAUAUUUCACCACUAAAAAAAUCAUCAUUAUUAUUUGAAGAUUCACAAUUUGAGGAUACACCAAUUCAAAGAAUUUUAUCACCAGGCUCAGCAAUUGUACUAGUAAAACUUCCAAUGAUUAAAAACAAAAGAUUAAGAAAUGAUCCAAGAACAUUAGAAGAUAAAUUUCUACAAACUGAAGUCGAAGUUGUAGAACAAAUUUAUCUUUCUAUAAAUAAAAUGGAAGAAACCAAGAAGCCAUCAUUACUUAUAGUAACACCAUAUCAUCGACAACGAAAUGCAAUUCAAUCACAACUUAAAAGAUAUACAAAUGAAUUACAAAUAAUUGAUACAACAGAAAAAAUGCAAGGAAAAGAAGCAGAUAUUGUUAUAGCAUGUUUUGGAUUUUAUAAUUUAGAUGAAACAUUCACAAAAGAAUUUGUGUUUGAUAUAAAUAGAUUGAAUGUAGCAACAAGUAGAGCAAGAUCUAAAUUAAUUAUUAUUACAACUGAUAAAAUGCUUUACCCUAAAGAUAUAAAAAUAUUCGCCAAUAAGAAAAUGAGAGAAGGAUGGGCAUUUCUUAAUAUGAUUGAAAACUGGGUACAAAAUAAUGAUAAUAAUAGCGGAAGGAAAAGAAAGAGAGAGAAUAUUGGCAUUAUUAAAUGGAAAAUUAGUGGUGAUGGGAAAAAACAAAGAAAUGAUUAA